AUGAAAAUCCUGGUUUCUACAAGAAUUUUAUAUACGAGUAUAGGGUCAUCACGAACAAACACUCAUUCAAACGCCUGAUAUGUAACUUGGGGAUUUUAUUAUGAAGAAAAACGGAAUAAUUCAAAACUUGGACCUUUAAUAUUUUUGCAAUCGAAAACAUUCAGAUUAUUCCUUUUGUACAGAGUACAUGUAUAUGUACUCCUAUUGAUACAAAAGCUAUCAUUGUAUCUCUUCAUCGUCGCAAGUCAUCACGUAUCCUGAUCCGUAUACAUGCUGACUUUCUUGGGAAGAUAGUUGCAGUGGUUUCCCCUUGCUUCCCGCACCAGCACUUUUUGGGGCUAUUUAGACCGGAAGGUUUGCUGUAGCCUCUUCCAGCCAGUUUGCCGGCUAGGCUUGUGGUUAUCCCGCCACUCCUCGAUGUACGACUGUAUGUGUAGAGUAAAUGUUAUCUACAAAAAGCACCUAAGUUGGUCCUAAGAUCAAAAAAAAUUGUAAUCAAAUAUGAAAGAUCGGAAGAUAACUUAUAGGGAGAUGAAUAAGAAUCGAAGCAAGAAAGAGAUUGAUCGAGAGAGGGGACCAUUGAUAACCAAGAGUUAUUACAAAGAUAACUAGUGUAUAGAUAAAUAUCAGAAAUGUUAAGACAAAAAUAAUAUCAGUUGAGAGACUUCAUCCAUAACAGUAUUAAGAGAGAUUAGGAUAUAAUUAAUGAUUUUUUUGUCUACAGCCUAGGCCAGUACCGCUGUAAUAAAUAAUUAACAGACAAUCUUAUAUUUACACUUUUAUUAAUAUCUAUAUAGACUGGAACGAUCAAAGUAUCCAACGGACAAGUUUUGACUUUAGUUGCAUAGAGAACAAUAAAAUUUACAUUUGGCAAUAAACGGCCGAAGAGGUUCUAUUUCAUAACACGCGGCGAUUAUUCCGGCGUGAGGUAUAACAUGUGUGCUGUUUUAAACAAUAAAAGUUUGAUUUUAUUAAAUUUUCUUCUGUUUUCAACGUGCGUGGCGAAAAGAAAACAUAAUUAUCAAACGUCGUUAUACUUACGUAAGGGAAAAGAUUUGAACGUGCAGAGAUUUAAUGCGAGAGGUCUCGACGGGUAUGAGUACAAAGAUUGGGAAGAGAAGCUGCCGGAUGUGUACGAUUAUAUAUUACCAAAAACUAACGUCACCACUACGACUGUCCACGCAAAUGUGACUCAAACAUCGCCUAAAGAACAAACUCAAUCAACAAAUCCUACAGCAACAGACUCCCAAUACACAGAACUCACUAACACAACUGUAACAACUGAAGUUCCCUUAACUAUAACUCCCAUUCCCACCCUAUCCCUUCCUUUGACACCCUCAUCCAAUUCCACAACUACUGAAGCAACUAUAGAAGCAGCAGCCACAGAUGAGAUACCUGACUUUCCUUCUGAUUUCGUAUUCAAUCAUCCAACCGACACUACCACAAGCGAACCAUACGUCACAUUCGUCGAACCAACCAAGGCUAAGAUCAGGGCGGAGAUGUUGGAAUCCAAGAGGAAGCUAAGAGCUGGCUUCUUCACGUCUAGCGCUUACGUCUUGUUGAAAAUCAUUGAUAGGAAGCGAGAUGAGGACGUUGGUAAUUUACUUCUGGGAUUGAACUCGGAAGUUAUUCGCUUGAAUUCCCUUCAUCACCUCGCCGUUUUCGGGACGGUGGUCACCACGGCGCUCUCGACCAUGGUGCGAGUGAUGGCCACAACGCCCAUAGAAGUGAUUCGAUCCCAAACGAAAACCGGCAUAAACAUGAUAGAAACUAAGAAGGAUUCCCUCAAUCCGGAUACCAACGCCAUGUUCGAUGUAGUGGACGCCAUGUACACGGACGAGGAGUACCACAAUAUGGUGGACGUGCUGACGGACAUUGAGAACUACCCCAACAUCACGAAACCAGUUGAGAAGAUCUCUGAAGACUUAAUAGUAGCUUCCGUCCUGAGACCGUUCUCAAGGAUCCAGGGCACAGCGAAGGCUAAGCUGUUCCUCUCAGAGCUCGACCGAGUGGUCAAGAGCAAGUUACUGAUAGGUCGUCGGAGAAUGAAUGUAAGAAGAAAACCAGGGAAAAGUACAGUCGCCUCACCGACGUUUUUUAGAAAAUCGAUGCGUCCGAAGUUCACCAAACCACUACCCAAGGUGUUCCCUACACCAGCAACAGAGAACUCCACUGAAGUAGACUACACCAGCUACGUCAAGGAUCCCAAGGUGAUGAAGAAGCUCAAGACCAAAAUGAUUAUAUACAAACAGAAAUUCAAACAGAUUAGGAAAAAUGAACGCAAAAUGAAGACAAAAAGGGGUCCGACAUCAACAGCCCUCCUAACAACAACGACGCCGCCCAUGCGUAAAAGCAAAUACUAUAUGAGGAAAUACGUGCUGAAGAAUCUGUACAAGAUGAAGACUACCCUCGAGAAGACCAGUUACUUCACCUGGAGGUACCAUGGACCGUACAAGAAGUUCAGGCCGUUGAGGAAGUUUAUGGAGGCCAAUGAUGGUAUAGAAACAGAUAGACUCAGUUACGGAGCUGGAAGAUCCAACUCAGACUUGGAGAUAGACGAGGUGAAUGAAAGAGAUGAAGAGUUGAGCAGAUUCACAAUAUCCAUGGCGGAGUCCAACAAAGAUCCCACCAAAGCCAACCUUCCAGAGAGUUCUGUGAGCGAAGAGGUUAAACUUAAAGCCAAUUUAAAGGACGCGAUGUAUCACCCCAACAACGAAACGGUCAAAAGGAGAUCGAACAUUGGAAAAGUUAACAAGAUACGAAUGGACAGCUUCAGUGAUGACGAGGCUUUGUUGAAAGGCAACAUAUACAGGGUGUUCGGCUAUAGCGAUGAUUUUGCUAAGCGACUACGGACGUUAGCGAGAGAACAGGGUUGACACUUGACUUUAAAAUUGUUACAGAGCACAUUGCCUUUUCCCUUUUCCCUUUUCCCACCCUUUCCUCUCAUGUUCCCCUAUCAGGGUGACAACUCAUCCGCAAAACUAUAUUGCGGAUGUCCAUGGGGGACGGUCACCACCUUCAUCAGACAGGCAGUCUGCUUCUUUGCCCACUUUAGUA